AAGCGCCAAAUUCUUACGUUUAUUAGGAUUAAGACUAUUUUUAUUGAACUAAAACAGAGGAUUAGCAACGCAGCCUUUAGGAAAGGCAUUCCAAAUUCUCCGGCAACGCAUCAUUCUUGAGAUUUCCGCACCAUGUCCUUCUUCGGAGCCAACACGUCGUUGGGAGCAACGAGCACGCCGCAAAAGACAACUGGUGGCCUCUUUGGAUCGCCGUUUGGAGCUCAGGCGGCCGCCAGCCAGCCAGCACCGGCUUUUGGAACCCAGACCGCACCGACAUCGGCCUUUGGCACCGCACAACCGGCUGCAUCUGCCUUUGGAGCUGGUUCCGCCUUUGGAGCACCCGCCGCCGCCACCGCUCCUGCUUUUGGUGCCCAGGCUGCGCCGGCUUUCGGAGCCGCCACCUCAACUCCCGGCUUCGGGGGCUCCGCCUUUGGCAGUGCUCCGGCCUUUGGACAGACUGCCACCACAGCAGCGGGCACGGGUCUCGGCGGCGGUGGCUUUGGUGGAUUUGGAGCAGCUCCCGCGACGAGUCAGGCCAGUUUGUUCGGCGCCCCGGCGACCAGUGCAGCUCCACCGGCUUUCAGUGGAUUCGGCCAGCCUGCAGCGGCGAGUGCAGCGCCAUCAAGUGGAUUUGCAGGCUUUGGAACGACUACCACAUCGGCACCUGCUUUCGGCGGCUUUGGAACCAACCAGUCAACUGGCUUUGGAGGCGGAGCCUUCGGUUCCACCUUUGGAAAGCCAGCGAAUUCAACAGUCACGCCGGGAUUCGGUGGCUUUGGGGGCACCAACUUCAUGCUUGGACAGCCGCAACAGCAGCCAGCUCCUAUUUCAGCCGACGAGGCGUUUGCCCAAUCGAUUCUGAAUGUUUCCAUUUUUGGCGAUGACCGGGAUAAAAUAGUGGCAAAGUGGAACUACUUGCAGGCCACCUGGGGCACUGGCAAGAUGUUCUACUCGCAGAGUGCGGCGCCGGUGGACAUUACGCCGGAGAACCUGAUGUGCCGCUUCAAGGCCAUCGGUUAUAGUCGAAUGCCUGGGAAAGAUAACAAACUGGGAUUGGUGGCUCUGAAUUUCUGCAGAGAACUUUCUGCCGUUAAGCCCCACCAGCAGCAAGUGGUUCAAACCCUGCACAGCCUGUUCGGCAGCAAGCCCAACAUGCUGGUUCACAUUGACUCGAUCAAAGAGCUGGAGAACAAAAAGUGCCAGAUGGUGAUCUACGUGGAGGAGAAACUGCAGCAUGCGCCCAACGAAAGCAAGCGUAUUCUGGCCACCGAACUCUCGAACUACCUGAAUCAGGCAUCGCUAAAGCCGCAACUGAAUAAUCUGGGCAUUGGCGAGGCCUUGGCCCUCGUUCUUCCCGACGAGGAUCAGCUGAAGGAGUACCUGGAGAAUCCCCCGCGAGGCGUGGAUCCACGCAUGUGGCGCCAGGCCAAUUCGGAUAAUCCGGAUGCCAGCAAAUUCAUACCCGUGCCCAUGGUGGGUUUCAGCGAUCUGAAGUGGCGCGUCAAGUGCCAGGAACAGGAAACGGACACGCAUGCCUUGUAUAUGAAGAAGGUGGAGAGUGAACUCACGGAACUAAGACAGCGUCAUGCCACGGCCACAGCCAAGAUUCUGGAGCAUAAACGAAAGUUAGCCGAGCUCGGACAUCGCAUACUCAGGAUCAUUGUAAAGCAAGAGUGCACGCGUAAGGUGGGCACCUCUUUGACGCCCGAGGAAGAGGCCAUGCGCACUAAGCUCCAGAAUAUGCAGGCCGUCGUCUCCGCUCCCACGCAGUUCAAGGGUCGCCUCAGCGAGCUGCUCUCCCAGAUGCGCAUGCAGCGCAAUCAGUUCGCCGGCAACGGAGGAGCCGAGUAUGCUAUCGACAAGGAGGCCGAGGACGAGAUGAAGACCUUCUUGACAAUGCAGCAACGCGCCAUGGAGGUGCUGAGCGAAACGGUCAACAAGGACCUGAAGGCUCUGGAUGUUAUCAUUAAGGGACUGCCCGAGCUGCGGCAAUCGUGAUGUUGAAUAAAUCCCUCAUAUAUGUUGAAUACAACGAGA